AUGGCAUUAGAAAUGAUAAAUGAAAACCGCUUAACAUUUAUUGAUACGCAAAUCAGUAAUUCUGUAGUCGUGCUGUCCUUGCUGGGCGCUGCAUUAAGCAAAGCUCAAACUACCUCCUACAGCGGAUGGCCAUCCUAUUAUGGAAGUUAUUAUAGCGGCCCAUAUUCAGGCUAUUCAGGUUAUUCUGGCUAUUCAGGCUAUGGCGGUCCAUAUUCAGGCUAUUCAGGUUAUUCUGGCUAUUCAGGCUAUGGCAGUCCAUAUUCAGGUUAUUCUGGCUAUUCAGGCUAUAGCAGUCCAUAUUCAGGUUAUUCUGGCUAUUCAGGCUAUAGCAGUCCAUAUUCAGGCUAUUCAGGUUAUUCUGGCUAUUCAGGCUAUAGCAGUCCAUAUUCAGGCUAUUCAGGCUAUUAUACCGGUCCAUAUUCAGGCUAUUCAGCUUAUUGUGGCUAUUAUGGCUAUAGUCCAUAUUCAGGCUACUAUAGCGGUCCAUAUUCAGGCUCUUAUAGCGGUUCAUAUUCAGGGUAUUAUCCAUAUUCUGGAUACUCAGGUUAUGGCAGUGGUUACUACCCAGCUGAAUCUUGGUCAUAUUCCGGAUAUGGCAGCAGUCCGUAUUACUCUGGAUAUUCAAGCUGGCCUUAUUCAAGUUAUUCAUGCGGUACGACAACAGGUUGGCCAAGCUCUUAUUAUACAGGUUCAAGCUCUUGGCCAUAUUCAAGUUAUAAUUCAGGUUCUUCGAGCUCUUGGCCAUAUACAAGUUAUUCAUGGCCAUCUUCAAGCUCAUGGUCAUCUUCAAGUUAUCCAAGCUAUUGGUCAUCUUCAAGUUCAUGGCCGUAUUCAAGUUCCUCAAGUUAUUCUAACUAUUGGCCAUCAAGUUCCAGCAGUUACUCAUGCGGUACGACAACAGGUUGGCCAAGCUCCUAUUAUUCAUCUUCUUCAAGCUCAGAAGAAUCAAGUGAAGAAUCCUCAUUCUGGAACAAUCCUUUCUUGAACAUUGAAUUGCCUUUCUUAAAUGCGCCACCACCACCUUCCAAUAAUAGACCUGGACCACCUGGAGCAGGAGGACCACCUGGAGCAGGAGGACCACCAGGAGCAGGAGGACCACCUGCACAUGGCCGACCAUGGGUUGAUAAACAAGGAAUAUUGAUUGACAUGAAGAUCUUAUUCUGUGUUGCCCUUCUAUCUUUACUUGGUCCUGUACUAAGUAAAGCAAAACCACAAUAUUCUUGGUAUUCAUCAAGUUCGCCUAGCAACAGCCCUUACAGCAGCUAUUACAGUUAUUGGCCAUAUUCAAGCUACUCAAGCUAUAACCCGUAUGGUAGUUACUCCAGUUACAGCCCUUACAACAGCUAUUCUAGUUAUUGGCCAUAUUCAAGUUAUUCCAGCUCUUGGCCAUAUUCAAGUUAUUCCAGCUACUGGCCAUAUUCAAGUUAUUCCAGCUAUUCGCCAUAUUCAGAAUAUUCAAGUUAUAGUGGUCCAUAUUCUAGUUACUACAGUUAUUGGCCUUAUUCAGGAUACUCAAGUUACAGUUGGCCAUAUUCUAGUUAUUCAAGUUACAGUCCGUAUAGCAGCUAUUGGCCGUAUUCAGGUUAUUCUAGCUAUUGGCCAUAUUCUGGCUCUUCAAGUUACAGUCCUUAUAGUAGCUAUUACAGCUCUUGGCCAUAUUCAAGUUACUCCAGUUAUUGGCCAUAUUCAAGCUAUUCAAGUUACAGCCCGUAUAGCAAUUACUACAGUUACAGCCCUUACAGCAGCUACUACAGUUAUAGCCCUUAUAGCAACUACUACAGUUAUAGCCCUUAUAGCAGCUAUUCUAGUUAUUCGCCAUAUUCAAGCUACUCUAGUUACGGCUGGCCAUCUUCUAGCUCAUCAAGUUACAGCCCAUAUGGUUAUUGGAAAAAAUAA